AAGAGAAGUUCCAAGUAGUUCCAGGAAGCAGCUUCCAAUUGAAGUAGCUCGUGGUUUCGAAACGUUAUAAAUGGUUAUAAGUUUACAUACUCUGUGGAGGUUCUCAUACAGUUCUCAUAUGUUCAUAUCUUUAUGAUAUUAUGAACAGAUGUGUCUAUAUUACAUAAAGCAAUGCAGAGAGUAUAGAUCUUUUGUGCUUUAGGUACAGGUUGUAUGUAUGAUGUGCUUAUGUAUAUGUGUGAAUGGUAGUAACGAUAUAUGGAUUGUGUGAUUGUUCGAAGUCAACUUUAAAUCAUGACUGCAACUGGCAUUAGUCAAAAAGAGUACCUUAAAAAAUAUUUAUCAGCGGGUGGCGAUGGCAAGAAAAAGAAAAAGAAGGCGAAGGCUAAGCCCGUCACAAGCAGGCAAGUUUGUUUUGACUUUUAGGUUAAGUAAUUAUUAUUUAGAUGUUUUGUUUGUUAUAGGCUUCGUAUUGUUGAUGAUGAUGUUGACAUCCAUAACUUGCGACCUUUGGAUGAUGAUGAAUUAGAACUGUACGAUUUACAAGAAGAUGCCCCACAAAUUGCCGGCAUUAUUGAUGAAAGACCUGAGGAAGUGAAGAUAAAGGAAAAGUUUGGUUCAUCAAAGUGGAAAGUAGUAGCAGACGAAAGUGAUAUGGGUGUUAAAAUUAUUGAUAAAUCAAAGAAGGUUAGUGAUGUGCAAAACAAUCCUGUGUCUCACAUUCAUCAAGGAAUUGGAGAUGAUUUGUCCCCUCCCAGAAAAGGUGGAAAGGGUGCUCAAGACUCAGAUGAAUCACCGCCCCGAAACAAUAGGCGAUCUGAGGACCACUCACCACGAGACAAAAGGAGUCAGAAACAUGACUCGGAUGAAUCGCCUCCUCGAAAGAAUAAGAAAUCACUUGAUGACUCACCAGUAGACAAAAGAAGCCAUAAACAUGAAUUAGACGUGACACCUCCUCGGAAGAACAGAAAGUACACGGACAAUUCACCAGUGAAUAAAAGGAGUAAAAAGUAUGACUCUGAUGAAUCGCCACAUCGGAAGAACAGGAGGUCUAUGGAAAAUUCACCAGUGAAUAAAAGGAGUAAGAAAUAUGAUUCUGAUGAAUCUCCACCUCGAAAGAAUAGGAGGUCUGUGGACAAUUCACCAGUGAAUAAAAGGGGUAAGAAAUAUGAUUCUGAUGAAUCACCACCUCGAAAGAAUAGGAGGUCUACAGUCAAUUCACCAGUGAAUAAAAGGAGUCACAAUCAAAAUUCUGAAGAAUCACCUCCAAGGAGGAAUCAUAGGAAGGGAGAAACGUGUGUAGCUGAUGUGUUUCCACACCAGAAAUCAAAAAGUGAACGGGAUGGUGUUCAGCAGAGUAGGAGACGAAACUAUGAUUCUGAUGAAUCGCCUGUUAGAAAGAGCAGAAAGACUACACCUCCAAGGAGACAACAAGGUGUGUCCCCACCUCACCGAAAGAAGAGAUCAGAUUCAGAAGACAACUCUCUUCAUGCAAAAGGUCAUAAAUACGACUCUGAUGCGUCUCCUAGGCGAAGCAGGAAAAACGGUUCACAAAAUUCACAAUCGCCCUCCACUAGAAAGAAGUAUGAUUCUGAUGAAUCACCUCCCCGUAAAGCAAAAAGAAAGUCUUGUGAAUCAUCCCCUAGAAGAGAUGGUUAUAAAGAAUUUAAGACGAGUCAUAGGAAGGACACCUCACCCUACAGUAAAGUCUCUCAACGAAGAGAUUCGCCUCUGCCAGGUAGGGUUGGAAGCAAGGAAAGAUCAGGACAUAGGUCCCGAAAAAGCGAUUCAGAUGAAUCGCCACCACGGCGUAGGAGACCAGCAGAAUCAUCAUCGCCUCCUCGGGGGAAUAGACGUGAAUGGUCACCACCAAAGAGGGAGAGAAAGCGAUUGUCCAGGUCGCCAGAAAUGAGACCCAGGAAAAAUAGGGAAGUGGAGCAAUCGUUACGAAAGCAUAGCAGAUGGGGUGAUCGAGGAGACAUUUCUGGGAGUGCUCAAAGGGAUUUUUCAAAACGUGUUUCUCCAACUUAUCAUAGAGAGAAACCAAGUGGAGGUACAUCUCUCAAAGACGCUAAUAGAAAUGAUCGCAAAAGAGAAGGAAGAAAUUCUUCCUUACAGAGGAGAUUGGAGAGGUCAGAUUCUGAUGUAUCUCCUGAAAGGAAAUCUAAACCAACAGAGAAAGUGGACUCUAAGAAACAAACACUUGAUGGAAGGAAAGCUGGUUUGGUGGGUGCUGAUGAACUGAAGGCAGAAAUAGCAGACUUGAGGCACAGAGAAAAGGAAAUGUUUGAAAAGAUGGAUGCGAGUGUGUCUGGCCGGGGUGCUGCAGCAGUGAUGCGUGAUAGAAAGACUGGAAAGAAACGUGAUUUGGAAGAAGAAGCUCGCGAGAAGCAAGAGAAGGACCUGAAGCAGGCAGAACGAGAUGCGAAAUACAUGGAAUGGGGAAAGGGGUUGAAACAAGUAACCGACAAAGCUCAGAAAAUGGAAGACGCUUUGUAUGAAAUGUCAAAACCUCUAGCGCGUUAUGCAGAUGAUGCUGACCUGGACAAAUACCUCCGAGACCAAGAACGAGAAGGGGACCCCAUGCUGCAGUACAUAAAAAGCAAGAGCAAGAGCAAGGAGGAAAACAGCAAACCCCGAUACGAAGGUUCCUUUAUGCCAAAUAGAUAUGGUAUCCGACCUGGUUAUCGGUGGGAUGGUGUUGACAGAUCAAAUGGAUAUGAGAAACAGUGGUUCGAAACCCAAAAUGCGAAAAAAGCAGUCGAAGAGGAAGCAUAUAAGUGGAGCACAUCAGACAUGUGAUCAGUGUUAAGCAGUGUGGCAUGCGAAAAGAACUGCCAAGUAAUCAUGGAACUUUUUAUAUGUAUUUGUAAUCUGUAUAUAAAUGUAUGAUAUUUUAUUUAUAAAAAUUGUAUAAAACUUAAAAUGUGUG